AUGGGGCAGAAUGUGGAGCCGAGACCGGAGGGGAGGGGUCUGGGCCUGCGUCGCAAGGAUUGGAGUGGAGAACCUCGACCCUGGAUGCUGGCGCGGGGCGGCGAAGUCCCUCCCCAAAGGCGGAGGCAGAAGGAGGAGGGAGGAGAUAGUGAGGAAGAAAAGGAGGGAGGGAGAAGCCUGGAGGAGGGAAGGGGGAGGAGGGAGGGGGCCGCCGAGCCGACCGCAGGGAGCCGGGCACAGGGAGCACCGGAGGGCGGAGAGGAGCGCGGCCAGCGACGGGCGGCGAGCGAGCGACCCUACAGCAGCCCCCACACCUCCGCUGCCUGUGACCGCGCCUGCCCCCGGGGCCCGCGGCGGCCCGGCGCGCGAGUGCUGACCUCUGCGGAGGCGGCGCGGGCUCAGCAUCGGGCCGGGGCCGGGAGGGGCACCGGGGCCGGGGGGCGGCGCUCCGGCCCGGCCCGGCCCCGCCCGAUGUCCAUGAGUGCGAACACCAUGAUCUUCAUGAUUCUGGGGGCGUCGAUCGUGAUGGCCAUCGCGUGCUUGAUGGACAUGAACGCGCUGCUGGACCGAUUCCAUAACUACAUCCUCCCGCACCUGCGGGGCGAGGACCGCGUCUGCCACUGCAACUGUGGCCGGCACCACAUCCACUACGUGAUCCCGUACGACGGGGACCAGUCGGUCGUGGACGCAUCUGAGAACUACUUUGUGACAGACAAUGUGACCAAGCAGGAGAUCGACCUUAUGCUGGGGCUGCUUCUGGGCUUCUGCAUCAGCUGGUUCCUGGUGUGGAUGGAUGGCGUCCUGCACUGUGCCGUGCGCGCCUGGAGGGCUGGUCGGCGCUAUGAUGGCUCGUGGACCUGGCUGCCCAAGCUGUGCAGCCUGCGGGAGCUGGGCCGGCGGCCGCACAGGCCCUUCGAGGAGCCCACAGGGAACAUGGUGCACGUGAAGCAGAAGGUCUACCACAACGGCCACCCCAGCCCACGGCACCUGUGAGUGCACGGGACUUGGGGCUACUGUGCACAUGUAAAGGGACCUCGUGGACGCUCAGCUGGCGAGACGGGACUGCGGCCUCAGGCCCAGGGUAUGCUGGGCUGUGGCCAGCUGGGCUGUGGCCCGCAGGCAAAUCCAGUGGAAGGUGCUGUCUCUUCUUUUUAUAAAGGGGGUCGGGUGGGGGCUGGGGUCGGGAUGGCCACUGGGCUUCAGCGACAGCAACCUGGUU